AUGGUGCUAUCUACUAAAAAGUCAAAAAUGCGCAGAAGGAACACUGUUAAGGAUGGAUCAAACAAAUCUUCACAGACUUUACCAGCAGAUGCCUCUCCAGAUUCCAAAUGUCCCAUCUGUCUUGACCAGUUCAAUAAUAUGGCAUAUCUAGAUCAAUGCCAGCACAGAUUCUGUUUUCGAUGUAUCCACGAGUGGUCAAAAAACAAAGCGGAGUGCCCCUUGUGCAAGCAACCUUUUAAUAAAAUUUUUCAUAGUAUGAAAGCAAAGGGUGACUUUCAAGAAUUUGUGCUUUCUGAGAAUGGCUCUCUCAACAAUUCUGAUGGCCCUAGGUUCAGAUACCGAACCACUCUGACUAGGGAGCACAGACAGUUAAAUCCACGCAGACUUACUUCAUCCCCUCCAGACAAUGGCCUACUUUUUGAGGGACUUGGUUCUAAUCCUCAGCCCCAUAAUGAUCGAGGUGCUCACCGAAUGAUGCUUAGGCUUGCAGCUAGAAGGCAAGCUCAGCCUGAUGGCAGGUCAGCAAGGGUUAUGCAGGAGCAGAACAUGAUCAAUUUUAGGCGAGCACUAUACCGAAAUGGUAUGCGUGUUCGAUCUGUACGUGAUGGUGGCCGCUACAGAGACAUUUCAGCUGAUUUUUUUAGGAGAAAUCCAGCUUGUCUUCAUCGACUGGUCCCUUGGUUGAGACGUGAGCUAACUGUGCUAUAUGGUGCUCAUGGAUCUCUGAUUAACAUUGUGCAGCACAUUAUUAUGACAUGUAUAACUAGAUGUGAUAUGGAAGACCAAUCCAUCCAAGAGGAAUUAAGGCCAUUUUUAUUAACACGCACGGAUCAUUUUAUGCAUGAGUUUAUUAGUUUUGCUCGUGCCCCAUUUAGUAUGGAGGCAUAUGAUCGUCACGCUGUGUAUGACUGUCCUGCACCAUCCUAUGAAGAAGGAAGUAGUUCAGAUUCAUCUGUCAUAACUAUAUCUGCGGAUGAAGCAGAUUCUGAUGAUGAGAGAAAAAGAUCACCUGCAUCUGUGCCUAGUGUUGCUCUUAGCCAGGCUCCCUGGGAUGAUGAAACUCCUGGUCCAUCUUAUUCAUCUGCAGGUCAGGUUCAGACCACUUUAUUGACUCCACUUGAAUCUCAAAGCAGUGAGGAUGAAGGAGAAGGAGGCGAUGCAGUUUGCUCAGUACAAGACAGUGCUCAGGUCAAGAGCGAUCCAGUAGUUAAAGAAUUGUGUGAUGCUUCUGCCUUAGAAGAAGACUGUGUUAUUGUUGGCUAUGUUAAACCAAUUGCAGAAAGGACUCCAGAGUUAGUUCAGCUGUCUUCUGAUUCUGAGGAAUCAACGCAAGAAGGUAUCUUAGACACUGCUCCUCUACUUCAGCCUAAAACUUCCCCCAGUAGAGACAGCUCCUCUUCCUCUGUUUGUUCACAUAUUUCCAAUGAAGAACCUUCCCAGAGAACAAACAAGUCUAAAAAACAAACUAAUAACAAAAACAGAGGUACCAAUAAUUUAAAACAUGACGAGCAGUCUUUCAAGCUAUCUCACUCCUUUCAUCAAAAUAAAAGUUCCAAACGAACUGAUGAUGAUAGGUCUUCGAGCAAAAAGAGACAUCAUCAGGACCAUACAGCACAUCACAGGAGACAUCGUUCUAGAGAAAGAAAGUCGAAGAGCAAAGAUAGAUUGAGAACAAGGCACAAAAGGAGAUCUAGAAGUACAGAUAACUGGUGUGAAAAAAGUCAGUCUGUAUCACUGACCAGUUGCAACUUGCUGCCUAGAGGAAGAAGGCACUCAAGAUCUGGAAGCAGAGAGUACAGUUCUAGAGAUUUUCAUCCAAGGAACAGAGACAUUGACAAUAAAUACUCUCGAUAUAAACAUGAGAAAUCUUAUUCAUACAGUUGGGAUUCCUACAAUAGCUACAGUAGAGAGAGAGUACUCGGUGAUUCAUUACAUAUACAGAGUAGGUCUUACUGUUCAAACUACUAUACAGCUCCAGACUAUAGGGUCCAGUCCCGGUCAAGCAGUAGAAGCCAUCAAGACAACAGUUACAGAGGACGACGGCGGUCUAGGAGCUUUUCAAGUAGCAGUUCCCAGGGUUCUACUGCCAUCCAUUGUCAAACCAGACAUGAGAAACCAAGUGGAAAGAGGAAGUAUAAAACUCAUCACUUGGAAAGUACCUCAAAAGAAAGAAGAAAAUCUCGGGGUUCACCACUACGCAGCCGGGAUCAGAACCAACACAAGAAUUUAAGGAAAAGCCGGAGUCCAAGUGUGGUAAUUGUUUAUGAAAAGAAGUCUACAAGUGAUGGCAGACGACGUCACAAGAAAAAGUUGCAUAAAAAAAGAAACCGGAGACAAUCCAGCAAAGUAAGAGAUGAUAACUUGUCUCCUGCUGUUAUCACAAUUCAUAGUGACAGUGAUUGUGAUCAUUCUCCAAAAUCUGCCAGUCCUCCAACACAAGAUCAGUUACAGAACAAGAAAAAUAGUACAGAUGAGAUAUCUCCAUCCAUAAAUAACUUAAAUGAGGACUGUGAGCUUUCUUGUGCACAAAUUACUACUGCAUGUGCUGUUUCUGAAAAUGAUUUGGGUUCUGCACCUAUAGAUGAUGUUUCUAUUAACAACACCAGUUCCAUAAAUAAUAAUGACAUAAUGCAAAACCUAUGCCCAAUGGAUUAUGUUACUUCAGAUACACAGAGAAAUGCGAAUGAUUUAAUAGCAGUAGAACAAUUUGAUGAAGUUAAUUGUUUUGAAAACACUCCUGACGAGACAAUGUCACUAAGCACCUCCCAAGAGUCCAUAUUUGAUUUCAAACUUGAUGCUUCACAAAUGACUUCAUCUGUUUAAGUUUUUUUUUAUUACUAUUAUUGUUAUUUCUUAGCAUUUUCAACAACAGGCUCAUACACUGCAGUUUUUCAGCUCAAUUUUUGAUAUUUAUAAAGAUGGAUGCUUGUGAUUUUUUUUUUUUUUCUUAUAAACUUACAAAGUUAGCAGGGAAUUUAAUUUGUACAUCAUAUAAGAACUGUAUAAUAUUAAUUAAAUAUUUUUUUUAAAAAAACUUUUGUUUAUAGAAAUAUUUGGAUUGGUAGAUACUUGCAAUGCAUACUCAGGGCAAUAUUUUGAAUAAAUAUACUGCUUUUAUUCUCGUCCAAUUAUAACGAUGUCAAGUAAGUUGAUGUUGUCCAACUUAAAAUGUGAUUGGUCUUUGUAUUUAUAUUUAAAAACAGUUUUUAUAGUUUUUUGUUUUUUUUUUUCUAUUUUAGUUUUGUAUUAUGUACUUUCAAUUUUCUGAUCCCAGUUAGUCCAGUAGAGUUCUACUGGAAGCAGUACAAAUUGAGUUGAACUAAAACAUUAAGUAACCAUUUCCAUUACUUUUGUGUUGUGUUUGUUUUUUCCUUCAUUUGGUAAAAGGCAGAUAACAACUCUGGAUUUGACUUUGUACUAUUAUAAGACAUACAGUACAUAAUCACUCACACUUACUUGUCCUAAGAAAAUUUAGAGGUGCUGAACAACCUAAGACUUCCAUUGUUGGAAUGAGGGAAAGAUAACCCCCAGUACACUGAGAAAAUUUACAAGAAUGCUAGGUUUGAGUAGGUGUUAAUACAAUACCUGGCUGGGAUUUGAACCAGAGUCCCUGGUGGCUGUGGUGCAAGAGUGCCAACCACUUUAUUACAGUGCCAUGCUUUUUAAUAUGUUUGAGGUUAUUUAAGGAUACAAAUAGAAAUUAACAUGCAAGUGCCUGGUGUUAAUUUUACAUUGCCUGCUUUUACCUUUGUACAACAUACAGGGUAAAAGAUGUGAGCAAAAUUUUAAAACGAAAUCAUAGUUUGCAAAAGUUAAUGUGUUUUUAAUAUCCAGAGAAUUUGAAAAAACAUAAAUUUUAUGUUGGACCACCUCUUUAAAAAGGCAAUAUCCUGAAAGCGACCACUUGUUGAAGUUGAUGUGUACUGUACUUCCUCUGUUGAGUUCUGUGAAGAAUGUCUUUUGUGAAAUCUUCAGCUUUUACAACUUUUGGAACUUGAAACUACCUGUCUCCAGCUUACCACCUUCUCAAACCAUUAGUAUAUAUAUAUUACAAAUACAAGAUUAUUAUUAUAAAAUCCUUUAAAUAUAAAACCUAUUUGUCACAAAUUUAUUCAAAUGUUCACAUUUCAUAUGUUUUGUUUUCAUGGUUACAAGCUCUAAUGAAUAAAUACAUGAUGAUGAAAUCAUGUUAUUAGUUAGAUUUUCCAGGACUGUGAUACAUCAAGAACUUCUAGUAAACUACAAGUCAAAUACUUUUGGAGGGAUUUGAUUUGAUGUUAAUGUUGCCAUACUAUAUUUUAUCUGUUUAAAUGAGAGUGUUUAUAAAUUUAUCUCCAGUCACUCUGGGUAAACUCAAAUAAUGUAAGGUAAACUGAAUGGUAUAUAGGCCUAAAUAGAUUGAUUCAUCUGCCAUCUACAAGAGUCAAUUGUAUGACUAAAACUUAAACGUACAUACCUUGUUAUAUAACUGUAUAGAUACUAAGUAACACACUGUACCCUCUGAAUAUACUCAGUUUGUAUUUUUAGGUCUCAUUUCCAUAAUAGUAGCCAUUCAUUUGUAAAUUGUUUUCUUCUGUUCUUAUAAAAAAUAAAAUUUAAUUCUUGUGA